AUGUCUUUGAUAAAUGGCCGCAAGUCGUCGCGAGACUGUUCUUGUAGGGAUAGACGGACUCUGAAGCGAAAUGAACGCCAAUGCCUCAACCACCACCUAUACAACUCUGCUCCACGAAUCUGGGCCAGAUCUCGGCCAUCCGCCCACCAACUCUCAAUAGCAAAAACAACAAAAACACAACCAACCAUGACCGACCCCAGUCGAACAUCAACAUCUUUAUGCCGCCGCCUCACAAACCAACUCAACAUCAACGACCUAGAACUAAUAAUGCACUGGCACAGCAGCACCUACCGCUCCGUCUCCCGGGACAGCACCGUGGAGGGGAUAUGGCAGAAAACCGUUCCCCAAGAGGCAGUACAGCAUCCAUUCCUGAUGCACGGUCUCCUGGCACUAUCGUCGCUCGAUCGAGCGUGUAGUAGCGGUGGGAGGGUACGAGAGGAGCGGGUGAGGACUGCGCAGCAGCAUCAGGCUCGCGCGAUGGGUGGUCUCUCGGCCGUGCGGAGAUUGGAGAAUAGCCGCAGUUUGUCGACUUGCAAUGCGAUGUUUGCGCUGGCGUGUGUGAUGGUUUAUUAUGAUCUUGCGUUGCCUCUUUUGACAAGUCCCGCUGAGGGCCGCUCUGCUCUGGACGAGUUUUGUCGCGUGCUUGAGCAAAUUCGCGAGUCGAUAGUGGUCAUGGCUGAGGUCCUCGAUCGGGUGAGGGAAGGGGAGCUGUGCCCCUUAAUUCGCGAAGACGAAGUCAGGCCAAAAAUGCCCGACACAUCGCGGUUAGCAAUACAAUCCCUUCGACGGCGGAAUGGGAUACUAGCUGCGCGAGAUCCUACACACGAGACAGACACCUAUGAAUCAACAAUACAGCACCUGAGCGCCGCUCUCGAACGACUCGCAGAGGGCGGCGAGCCCACGAUAAUCGCAAUAAGGUGGAUAUGGUUCAUCCCGUCUCGAUUCAUCGAGCUGAUGAGUACACGAGAGCCAUUUGCACUGGUGAUCCUCGCGCACUUCGCCGUGAUCAUGCAUUCAUUACAAGGACACUGGUGGAUGGGAGAAUGGGGGAACCGGGUGCUAGAAGUCAUCGGGCAGACGUUAGAUGCCGAAUGGAGGCAGUCGAUUAGUUGGGUGAUUGAUGCGACUGGGUGUUAUAUUCCCUUAUGA